AUGCGAAAACAGAGGUUUGCAAGUAACGAAAAGGCUGCGAAACCGACACCUACUAUGCAUAAUAUUGACAGUAAAAAAAUAUCAGAGGUCACCGAGUCAAAAGCUUCUAAUCAAACUCAAGAAGUUGCUACGCCAACUCAAAAAAAAAAAUUUAAAUUCGGUAAAUUUCUGUUCCAAAUAACACUUUUAGGCGGUAUAGCAUAUGGUGGAGCUGUGUAUUUUUCUCUAAACAAUGAUAAAUUUCGAGAUUAUUUUACUGAACAUAUUUAUGGAGCAAAACAGGUAGUAGAAUAUACGGAGGAUCUUCAAAGCCAGGGUGUUUUUUAUGAUAUGAAAAAGAAAGUGAAACAAAUAAGCUAUAAAUACAUCGGUCUGCCUGAACCAUCCGAAGAUAGCAUAUCACCUUCCGAUAAAAUAUCCGAAUCGUCCAAUAAAGAAAAUCCAAUCAUUCGUAAACUUUCCGGUACACUUAAAGAACUUGAAACCUUCAUGAUAAAUCACAACGUAAAAAAUUCUGGAAAGAAAAUUUUAUCUCGAGCAAAAGAUGAGUUAAAUGAGCUCAGUAAAAAUAUUGACCAGCUUAAGGCCGAAGAUCAGGAUUUGUUGCAAAAGAAACUAACUGAACAACAGGAAGAAUUCGAUCAAACUAUUGCAAAAAAAGAAAUCAAUCUGACGCAACAAUUCGAUCAAGACUAUCAGAAAAAACUUAACUCUGAGCUUUCGCAUCAAGCAUCAAAAUACAAGGAAGAGUUAGAGAAUGAACUUGUUCGACAGGCUGUUGACAUGCAACGUCGAUGGGUAAAAGACGUAAUGAUCAUGGUUGAGAAGGAACGUUCUGGGCGUCUAGCAAGAUUAGAUUAUAUUAAUAAACGUCUCAAAACGCUUGAACGCUUUUGCGUAGACAACACCGAUAAUUUGGAUGCUAGUAUCAAAGUACAUCGUUUAUGGUGUGCAUUGAAAUCAUUACAAAAUGCAAUUGAACAACCUCAUCGAACUCCGUUUAUCGAUCUGAUUGUUGCAAUGCGUCGUUUUUUUUCAACUGAUGAAGUGGUAUCAGCUGUAUUGUCUACAAUCGACGAUUCGGUUGCCAUAAAUGGUGUUGAUUCCAUUUCGGAUUUAUCAAAACGAUUUAACACUGUAAGAGAGGAAGUUAGACGUGCAUCUUUAGUACCUGAAGACGGUGGUGUAUUGUCUCAUUUAUCAUCUCUUAUAUUAUCUAAAAUAUUGUUUCGUAAACAUGGACUUGUGGAUGGAAAUGAUGUGGAGGCGAUACUUGCUCGGGUCCAGUAUUAUCUUAAUAAAAAUGAUUUAGAUACUGCGACAAGAGAGUUGAAUCAAUUAGAGGGUUGGCCAAAAAAGUUGGCUAAUGAUUGGAUUACAUCGGCUAGAAAUCAUUUAGAAAUUAAACAAGCGAUCGAG